AUGAGCAGCGAAAGUAAUCCCUCUCGAGGUGUCCGGAACGCAAAGAAGAAGGCUCUAGAUAACGCAGUCUGGCUGCCAGUCAAGAUGCGUGGUAAGCGGCAGCAACAUGACAUGGCGAGUACCCAAAGUGACAAGGCGAGCACCCAACCGGACAAGGCGAGCGCCCAACAUGACAAGGCUAGUUCUCAACGUGAGAAGGCGAGUUCCCAACACAACACAGCAAGUUCAGCACAAGGUGACCCACAAUGGGGCUCACAACCACGGUCCAAGCCUAAAACAGUGAAGAAGCAGAGUCGUUAUAUCUCACCAGUGGCAGAAGAAGACAAGGUGGAAACCCAGCACCAGUCACCAGACACUUCUGAUUCAGAACAACUUGGAGAACCAUGGUGGGGUUCACAACCACGACCCAAGCCUAAACUGAUCAAGAAAUAUCAUCAGGAUGAAGCCAAGGCUGUGAAGAAACACAAACGCCAACAGAGUGAGAGUGAAGCAGAUGACGACAGCGAUCGGACCAAUUUUGAUGGGGCCGAUUCGAGUUCGAGCGACUUGGAAGACCCAAAAUCUAUUGCGAAGACGCUAUCAACAGAGAUUCCAGGUUUCGUCUCAAGCACCAAGGCAAAGAACCAAGCUGUAGUAACUGUGAACAAGCAGUCUGCGUGCACUCGCAAACGAGCCUCAGAGACACCUAUGUGGGCGGAUGACGCCAGUGAAUCAGAAGAGUCUCGUGAUGAAUCGGCACCCAAGUCUGACUCGGAUACUAGUACCUUUGUGAAGUCAGAGCAAGAUUUGUCUGAUGCCGAGCGCAUGGGUAGUGAAUCAUCUUCGCGCCACUCCGGAUCUUCACGUGCAAAGCUAGUCCUAACCGAUAACGGGAAGGUGAAGAUGACCGACCAGGAUAUCGCAACUCGAAAAGUGAUUCAAGGUGGCAUUCUCGAGGCAAAGGCGUAUAUGAUGUUUGUCAAUGGCUACCUGGAAUUGAUAGAAAAAACUACCUUUUCGCGUGAUGCGCUCCUGAAGUCAGCUUGUGAUCGCGGUGCUACGUCUAUUGAGAUGGAGAUCAAGAAGAAUGAUGCAUACGCAUCAGCUCUUGCAAGCUUGGGGAGUUGA